AGAGAAUUCGAGCUUUUCACAACUCGUGAGCAACCAAGAUUCGCUCUCGGACGAUGAAAUGUCCGACUUCUCGCUGAACGAGUCCGAAGAUGAGGAGAAUAUCACAGGAAAUGACACAUUCUUCUGCUACUACGCAACCUGGGCCACAUACCGGAGUGGAAAUGGGAAGGUUGACAUCGAGAACAUUGAUCCACAUCUCUGCACUCACGUGAUCUACACAUUUGUGGGCCUACAACCCACUGGAGAAGUGAAAAUCAUCGACUCUUGGCAUGACUACAGUCUGAAUGGCCUGAAUAGGUUCAUCAACCUGAAGAAGCAGAAUCCAUCCCUGAAGCUGCUCCUCGCCAUGGGCGGUUGGAAUGAGGGCUCGACGACCUACUCAAAUGUGGCCAAUUCUCCGAGCCUGCGCUCAGCCAUGGCGACGAAUGUCGUGAACUUCUGCAAAACGUACGGCUUCGAUGGAUUUGAUCUAGAUUGGGAAUAUCCUGGACAACGCGGUGGCGCCGCAUCUGAUAGGGUGGCUUUCAUAGAACUCCUGAAGGAAUUGCGGACGAAACUCGAGAGAGAAGGCCUCAUUCUGACCACUGCAGUUGGAGCUUCAGCUCACUUCAUCACAUCGUCCUACAAUGCAGCUGAGAUGGUCAAGUAUGUCAACUACAUCUUGCUCAUGACGUACGACUUGCGUUCGGCCUACGAUGGAGUCACUGGACAGAACUCUCCGCUAUACAGCAGCCCUAAAGAGUCUUCCAGCGUGGCUACUUAUAACAUGCAUUCGGCUGUCAAUGCUUGGAUCCAAGCUGGCGCAACUGCGUCCCAACUCGUCCUGGGCAUUCCGCUCUACGGCAAAUCCUUCACUCUGGCCAGCGCGUCUAACAACGGACUUGGGGCUAGAUCGUCCGGACCAGGACCGAAGGGGCCCUACACUGACGAGCCGGGAACGCUGAACUACAUUGAGGUUUGCGAGAAGUUGAUCCAGGGCGGCUGGACAACUGUUUGGGACGACGAUCAGAAGGUUCCCUACUCUUACAAGGGCACCGAAUGGAUUGGCUAUGACAACGCCGAGUCGGUGAAGGGAAAGACGGAAUAUGCGAAAUCCCGCGGUCUGGGCGGCGUGAUGAUCUACUCCCUGGAGCAGGACGAUGUCUAUGGGGCGUGUGGAGGGGGAAAGUAUCCCCUGAUGAACUCCAUCAAGAGCGCCCUCUCGGGAAGCAGCGGCGGCGGCGGAACGACAACGACCACCACAACUCAAAAGCCUGGGCAAACGACUUCCUCCACAACCACGACGUCCACAAGCACCACUACGACCACAUCAGCUCCGCCUCCGUCAGGAUCUCUGUGCCAGAGCGUAGGAUCCGUUCGUGAUCCCAACAAUUGCAGCAUUUACUACGUGUGCGAGAAGAAUCCAGCUGGAGGAUACAAGCAGACCCAAUUUGACUGCAAAACCCUUUGCUUCGACACGGCCAAAAAUGUGUGCAAUUGGUGUUAUUCCGUUUCUUGUUGAUGCACAAUAUUGUGAAAUUGAUGACAAAUCACCCUCUUAUUUACCUGCUAUUUUCUGUACAGAAAACCCAUGAUAUAAUGAAAUGGUGAUGAAAUAUACUUACUGGGACU